UUGCAACAAAUGGAAGAUACCGUUCAUGGCUGUCUCUCCCAAUUCAAAACAUUGGCAUAGAGGAUUCAUCUCCUGGAGUCGUAUACAUACGUAUACGGUAUACAUGUAUGUAUCCAAAUACACAGAAAUCAGAAGCUGCCAGCGACCAGUCUAUUCAAAACUAAUCAAACAUGGCUGGUUCGGUUACCCCUAUCUCUCUCUCUCUCUCUCUCUCUCUCUCUCUCUCUCUCUUACGUAGAUGCAAUCCUCUUCUAUCCACAUUCUUCUCCGUGACACUAGUUCGAUAAAGUUUAAAAAGAAAUGGCAGGAACACUAAGGCACAGCUUUGCAGAAAAACUACUCUCCAGAAAAGACUACUCGGAGCUGGGGAUCGGCCGAUCGGACGGCGGCGAUGACGCGCCCCGGUCCCGUUCAGUUCGCGAAAAGUUCACCGCUUUAUGCACCAAUGUGCGAGAAUGGUCGAUCAAGGCGUACGAAAUGGGCCGUUCUGAUCCGAGAAAGGUUGUAUUCGCAGCCAAAAUGGGCCUGGCUUUGGCCCUUGUAUCGAUUCUGAUUUUCUUCAAAGAACCCUUGAAGGAGAUUAGUCAGUAUUCAAUCUGGGCGAUACUGACAGUCGUUGUGGUAUUCGAGUUUAGCAUCGGAGCAACACUUAACAAAGGAUUUAACCGUGCUCUGGGGACAUUAUCGGCUGGAGCACUUGCUCUGGGCAUUGCUGAACUAACUGAGUUGGCUGGAGAAUACCAAGAAGUUUUUAUUGUGUUAAGCAUCUUUGGUGCAGGAUUUCUUGCAAGCUAUGUGAAACUGUACCCGGCAAUGAAGCAAUACGAAUACGGAUUCCGGGUGUUUUUAUUGACUUACUGUAUUGUGCUGGUAUCGGGGUCUUCAAGUUUUUUCAAAACUGCUAUAUCUCGAUUGCUGCUAAUUGCAGUUGGAGCUGGUAUUUGUCUAGGUGUAAAUAUCUGUAUCUACCCGAUUUGGGCAGGCGAGGAUUUGCACAAAUUGGUUGUGAAAAAUUUUAAGGGUGUUGCUACAUCCUUGGAAGGCUGUGUAAAUGAGUACUUGGAAAAUGUUAAAUAUGAGAGGAUCCCUUCAAAAAUUCUUACUUACCAGGCUUCUGAUGACCCAACAUAUAGCGGGUACAGAUCUGCUGUAGAGUCCACAAGCCAAGAGGAUUCUCUGUUGGAUUUUGCUCUUUGGGAACCACCUCAUGGGAGGUAUAAAAUGUGGAAUUACCCAUGGCGUGAUUAUGUCAAAGUGAGUGGUGCAUUAAGGCAUUGUGCAUUCAUGGUCAUGGCAAUGCACGGAUGUAUACUAUCAGAAAUACAGGCUCCAUUUGAACUGAGACAGGUCUUUCGUAAAGAGCUUCAGAGGGUCGGGUCUGAAGGGGCCUAUAUUUUACGUGAACUUGCAAACAAAGUUGAAAAGAUGGAGAAAUUAAGCCAUGGAGACAUACUCCAUGAAGUCCAUGAAGCUGCAGAAGAGUUGCAAAUGAUGAUAGACCAGAAAUCAUACCUCCUGGUUAACUCGGCGAAUUGGGAAGGCGUGAAAAGACACAAAGAGUUUGAAGAUUCCAAUACCCUUCUUGAGGUGAAGGAUCAUGAAAAUAAACAAAGAGUGAUACACUCUCUCAGUGAAUUAUCCCUAAAUGCGAGAUCAGCUUCAACACUACGGCACUUCGAUCCUCAGAACCCCAAUAUAAGCAUUAACCCUUCCGUGCAAUGGGGGUCCACUGGAGAGAUGCUCAAGGAUCAGGUUACAUGGCCUUCGCGUCUCUCAAUUCUUGGUGAUACCAUCCUCAAUGAACGCGAAGUAAGGACAUAUGAAAGUGCAAGUGCAUUGUCAUUUGCAACGUUUACUUCACUGCUGAUUGAGUUUGUUGCAAGGCUACAAAAUAUUGUAAAUUCUUUUGAACAGCUUAGCGAGAAGGCGAAAUUUCAAGAACCCAGAGGUGGAUAGUUUUUGGACCAAGUUGCUCAAGUGCAUUGGCAUAAAGGAUUGAGUUUGUUUGCUGUUGUGAUUCUGGAUCAGUGGGUUAGAUCGAGUUGACUUGCUCAUUGGGAAUUGUUGAUGAAGUCUCGAGUAAGCAAUUUUUUGGCAGGAACUAAUUGUUACAACAAUUGAGAUUAUAGGACUAGCUCAUCGGUGAGUGCCUGGUUAUCUGACUUCCAAAUACACAGCAAAAGAAUAAAGGUAGUUCCAUACUUUCUAUAAGAAAAAUACAGUGGCAAAGGGAAACAUUUGUAGAAGGGAACUGAGCUGCAGCUAUAUACCGUUGAUCGUGUUUGUAUUUUUGUUUCCAUUUACAUUAUAUGGUAAGCAUUCCGAGGGAUUAAUCUUCUAGGGUUUCGUAUCGUUUCUCGGAUUGUUCAUGUUGUCAUACAUAUAUACAGAGGAAACUGUUCAGCAAUGAAUUUGAAGUUUUUACUCUAA